AGUGGACUGUGGAUGCGAAACUUUUGAGACUUAUAUUUUUCCUUUUUUCGCAGUUUUCAAAGGUUUUAAACCUGACAUUGACAAAAUUCUGAGCAUAAGUAUUUAAUUUAUCGUUGUGCAACAUGAGUGUAUUACCAGACAUUGACAAGAUCGACGACAUCGUGGAGAUGGCAACCACAAUGGCGUCGCUAAAAAUCUCGGCUAAAGGGCUGAAAACGUUGGACGAAAUGAAACAAAGAGUGAAAGAGACACUUCGGUUUGAGAAAAAGUCGAGUUGGACUGCAAAGGAGGCGAAACAUAUUCAGGAAAAAGCACCCUUUUGAAUCUGAUUCUUGGAGAGCAACUUCUUCCUUACUCCGUUCUCAGUACCACAUCCACCAUCGUUGAACUUAGAUAUGGAGAUACACCAAAGUUGGUAGUGCACUACAAAAACCAAGAAUCUGGUAAUACCACGGAGACUGUCCUACUAAACAAGCCAUCUGAAGCCUCCGAGCAGAGUUAUCUUCAACAGAUUUCAUCUUUUGUUCACCUGAAGGAGAACAGAGAGGGGGGUUCAAAGUACAAAAAGAUUGAGCUGUUUUGGCCACACAAUCUGUUGAAGGUAGUUAUAAGAAAUAAGCCAAGAUCAGUAAUCAUUUAAAGUAAUAGAGAUCGAUUUAAAUCUGAAAAUUGAUCUUUAUGCCAGCAAGCUUGUGAAUGUUCUCUGCACCAUGCCUGAGUGUCUGAUUCCAUUGUAUCAAGUGUUUGUUUAUGAGCCCCCUCUACCGGUUUAAAUUGAUGUUACGGACGUUUUGAGUGUCCAAAUAACAGUCCAUAGUUCGCUGUUCAGCUCCCAUUUUGCGUAGUGAUUACUUGUUUUUUUUCGCCACAAGCGCUGAUUUAAGAUGUGAUUGUUAAUUGUUAAAUGUUUUCUUACAUUGCUUUUAAUGUAUCCUUUCCAGAAUCAUUAAAAUAUAUAAAACGGCAAAUGAACACUUAACCAGAUACAGAGCUCAAACAGGCUUAACCACAUUCCUCUCAAAAUCAAAGUGAAAUUCGAUACUGAUGAAAAAACCAACUCUGUAUGUCAAAAUGUUAAUUAAAACGAACAAACAUACAAACUGGAUCAAUUUUCAGAUUAAUGCUGGAGGUUAUCUGGAGUUCUUCACUUUGCUUUGCUUCUCUCUAUGAUUGGUCCAGAGUAUUCGCGCCAAUCAAUCAUAUUCAAAACUAAAAUCAAUUGCAACUUGAUCACUCGCCUUUUCCCCUGCCAAGAGUCUGUUUGUUUACACUUCGACUUCGCAUUGGCUGUUGUGAUAUUUUCUCAUUCUCUGAUUGGCUGAUGUAGUUACUCUAGGUUUCUUCCCGGAAAAUCAAUCGAGAUGUACUCUGAAGGGCGAUACUCAGACCACUGUUUUGUACUAUAUGUUGUUCCUUGUCAUCUUUUACGUGUCUUUUAGGAAGAUAUUGUAAUAGUUGACAGCCCAGGUAUCGGUGAAUCUGCCAUCAUGGAUGACAUAGUAAAAGCAUACCUACCAGAGGCUUUUGCUUUUAUUUACGUCAUCAACAGUGUAAACGCUGGUGGAAUACAGAAAGACAGGGUAGAAAAACUCUUUGAACACGCCAGACAGGUGUCCCUUGACAAACAAAGAGAAUCUUCCUCGAAUUGUGCUCUGUUCGUUUGUAACAAGUGGGAGCAGGUGCCGUCAGGAGAAACUGAUGAAGUGAGGAACCACAUUGUGAGAAAACUCGCACAGUGCUGGCCUAGUUUAGAUUCAGAAUCUCAGAUUAUUUACAUGUCAGCCACAGAUGCAAUCAAAGCCCAGGAGUUUGGAGCGGUUACGAAAGAGUUUGGUGAACUCAUGAAUGGUAUCAAGUCCAUGGUGUUGAAAAGUAUUGAGUCAAGAUUACAAAUUCAGUGGAGGUGGCUUGACUACCUCCUUGCACGUAUUGCCUACCACACGAAAGCGUUCAUGCGUAAUUCUUCCGAAGAUCGUGAAAAUGUGAUAGCAAGAAUGAAGUUGAUCACUGACCGCCUUCAUAGCAUCGAAAGGCAGCAAGGUAGCGUAAAAAAGGAGCUGGAGACGUUCCUCGAAAACCGGACAAACAAUGCUCUGAGUGCACUGUCCAAAUAUCUUAAGUCUCCAGAAUUUAAGGAGAAGUUUUCUUCGUGGACAUUAGACGAUGUUCCAAAUACUGAAGAAAGCUGGGAGGUGACCAAGAACUACAUCCAGAAGGCGCUGCUGAGGCGACUUCAAGAGAGGAUCGAGGAAUGGGAAGAAAAGAAUCAUGUCUUUUCCGAUGCUCGUUCUUCUUUGAUUCGAUACUUUCAAGAGAGGUUCAGCUACGUCGAGGGUCAACUUCGAACGCUGGAGAGUUCCGUCCUAGCUGGGAAUGCUGCCAGCUCAGUAAGUGGCCCUCUGGCAUCAGAAGACUUUAGCGUCGCAGAAAAAGUCCUCAUCGGGGUUACAAGUCCAAUUUGGGUUCCAGUCGGUCUGGUUGUCCUAGUGGUCAGUGUCCCAGUAGUUGGCGCGUUACCCGUUAAAGAGAAGUUGGAAGACUGGAAUAGAACACGAAAGUACGAAAAAGACAAGUGUGGCUACAUGGCAAAAGCUUCCCAAGAAUAUCUAAAGGAAGCAGCUGAAGAACAACAUUUAAAGUCAUUCGUGGAGGAACAGCUUAAAGAAGCUCAGGUUUGUCUACACCAGGUCUUACAUCGGAUACCUCAGCUCAUAGAUGAGGACAAGAUGUUGUGUAAACAACUGAGAGAAGAAAACCGCUCUAAGAAAGAGAUAGAGGAUUUCUACGAACCGUUACACGAUAAGAGUGUACAAUUAAGAGAUGAGAUGGCCCUGUUUGGCAUCAAAGAGGUCCGUAUCAUGGACAUCAGUUGCAACGAUCUGGAGUGGCAGGACGAUGCACGUCUUGGAACUGGAGCGUUCGCUACUGUUUAUCGAGGAACAUUGAAGAUACGAGGAGACGAUAAACCAGUAGAUGUGGCAGUGAAAGUGUGGAACGAGGAGCUUAACGAUGCUACAGCUAGUGGCUUCCUUUCUGAAACAGAAAUACUCAGGAAACUGAGUUAUCCCUUUAUUGUAAAGUUCUAUGGUGCUGCACUGCGUAAGGAAGGGAAUCAGCUGAAAGCAAUACUGGUGAUGGAGCUCUGCAAGGAAAACUUGAUGAAGCACAUUUUCGAUGAUAAAAGCAACAUACCUGGUGAGUCAUCAUCAUCUGUUACAGCUACAAGGGAUGUGAUUGGAUGGGCAAAACAAAUUUCCGAUGCCCUGGAAUACAUUCACAGACAAGGUAUCGUUCACAGAGAUCUCAAGCUGGAAAAUAUAUUGCUGUCGCUAGAAAAUGUUGCCAAAGUAGCCGAUGUCGGUGUUUCUAAAGAAGCCAAAGCUAUCAUGGGUACCAUGGCCGGAACUCCUACGUAUCUCGCUCCGGAAGUGAUGAAGUCCUGUAUGUACGAUUACAAAGCAGACGUGUACAGCUUCGGCAUAAUGCUCUGGGAGAUGUGGUACGGUAAGAGAGCUCUUCUUGAUGUGGGAGGAGAUGUGAAGGAGUUUUAUGACAAGGUGCUUGAGGGGGCAAGACCUGCGCAUGUCGAAGGCUCAAAGAGGCCUCCAACUGGUUUGCACUAUCUGAUGCAGCAUUGCUGGGAGAAAGAACCUGAUAAUCGACCGGAUGCGGCAAAGUGUCACAAGAUGAUAAAUCAGCUCUAUCAGGAAGCUGCAGCACCAUCUUAGGAAACUCUCAUUGUUACGCAACCACCUUCAACGUGUUUACUUUUCAAGUGUAGACUUUUGUGGAGCAAUAGCAAUCCCUUAUGUAGCAAAUAGAAUAGCCUCACCAGCGCCAGGUUUCCCGUUUAAUUAACAAUUGGUUCAUGCUUUAGCGUGCACUAUCAAGUUAUGGAGCACGUGGGAAGUUUGGAGAGCACGAAAGAAGCGUAAGAGUUUCCCGAGGCAACAGCCUUGGGUAACUCUAACUUCUUGAGUUUCAAGUUUCUAGUGUAUCCAUACGAGAACAUGUGGGGCCGGUCAUUGGCCACAUAACUCCUAAAAGUGAACUGACGUAACUUAAUUCUCUCAAUGAUAUUCAUGCGUUCUCCAGUAUACAUGUCAUGAGACAAUCAGACUUAUCAGGUAGGGGUCGUUAUCUUGAUCCCGCACUAAAUUCUUAUACCUUGAACUUAUAAGGAAAUUUGUAGUAGCCAAAGGGGAGAAUUAACCAUCAGAUCUUAAGAAUUAAAGGGUUAUAUAAAUACUCACCAACUCAAUUGGAGGUAACUGGGUCUUUAUUGCCUAAGACCAUACGCGAUGUUCCCGAUGAUAGGGAGGUAAAUAGAAGGAAAAAAAUUUUUUACAGAUUGCACCUAGUACAAACAACGUUAAUCGCUCGCUGAUCGCAAAGAGAAUGCUGACAAAUAUGCCAACUGUUCGCUUAUAC